GAGGGCUGAUAUGUCCGCCAUCUUGAAGCGUCGGUGAUGGUGGCGAGCGGCGCCUUUCCCGCCUGAGCCGAGGCAGCCGGGGCCUGUGGCGGGGGUCGCGCUUGCCGAGGAAGAAAUCUGCUUCAUCUUAACCUAAUUCAGUCCUGCUAAUCUGCUAAUACUGUAGAUUGAAAGAUUUUUUGCUGUUGCCAGGAUCCCCUGUAAUGGGCAAGGAGCCUCAGAGAAUACAAAUCAUUCUGUUUUAUUUAAGUCUUUAAAAACUUUUGUGUUAACAGGACCCGGGCUCCUGUUGAAAAGCGAUGGACUAAUCUCUGGCCGGCACGUGACAUGUUGAGCAUCCCCUAAGCGCUUGCCUGGGAGAGUUUGUGAAAUAACGCUGUAACAUGUUUGCAGUAACCAGCAUGUUUUGGAAAUUUGAUCUCCAUUCGUCAUCCCACAUAGAUACGCUUCUAGAGAGAGAAGAUGUAACACUGAAGGAGUUGAUGGAUGAGGAAGAUGUUCUGCAGGAGUGCAAGGCUCAGAACCGCAAACUUAUAGAGUUUCUGUUGAAGUCAGAAUGUUUGGAAGAUUUAGUUUCAUUUAUUAUCGAAGAACCACCUCAAGAUAUGGAUGAAAAAAUUCGAUACAAAUAUCCAAACAUAUCCUGUGAGCUGCUUACGUCAGAUGUCUCGCAGAUCAACGAUAGGUUGGGAGAAGAAGAGUCCUUACUUGUGAAACUGUACAGCUUUCUCUUAAACGAAUCUCCUCUAAACCCGUUACUGGCCAGUUUCUUCAGCAAGGUGCUAAGUAUUCUUAUAAGCAGAAAACCAGAACAGAUUGUGGAUUUUUUAAAGAAGAAACAUGAUUUUGUAGACCUCAUUAUUAAGCACAUAGGGACCUCUGCUAUCAUGGACUUGUUGCUCAGGCUACUGACUUGCAUAGAACCACCACAACCUAGGCAGGAAGUAUUAAAUUGGCUAAAUGAGGAGAGAAUUAUCCAGCGGCUUGUGGAAAUUGUACAUCCAUCGCAAGAUGAAGAUAGGCAUUCGAAUGCGUCGCAGUCACUCUGUGAAAUCAUUCGUCUAAGCAGAGACCAGAUGUUACAAGUACAGAACAGUACGGAGCCAGAUCCGCUGCUCGCAAGUCUAGAAAAGCAAGAAAUCAUAGAGCAGCUGCUGUCUAAUAUUUUUCAUAAAGAAAAAAAUGAAUCUGCAAUAGUCAGUGCAAUCCAAAUACUGCUGACCUUGCUCGAGACUAGACGACCGACAUUUGAAGGCCAUAUAGAGAUCUGUCCUCCAGGCAUGAGCCAUUCAACGUAUUCAGUCAAUAAAAGUGUUUUAGAAGCCAUAAAAGCACGACUUUCAUCCUUCCAUGAACUCCUACUUGAGCCUCCAAAAAAAAGUGUCAUGAAGACAACGUGGGGUGUUCUGGAUCCACCUGUGGGGAACACACGUUUAAAUGUGAUUAGAUUAAUAUCUAGCCUAUUACAAACAAAUACAAGCAGUGUGAAUCAGGAGCUGAUAGAGCUGAACAGCAUAGGAGUUAUACUGGACAUGUUCUUCAAAUAUACGUGGAAUAACUUUUUGCAUACUCAAGUAGAAAUCUGUAUUGCGUUGAUCCUUGCAAGUCCUUUUGAAAGCACAGAAAAUGGCACAAUUACAGAUCAGGACUCCACUGGCGACAAUCUCUUACUGAAACAUCUCUUCCUUAAGUGCCAAUUAGUAGAACGAAUACUUGAAGCAUGGGAGAUGAAUGAGAAGAAACAGGCCGAAGGAGGAAGGCGGCACGGCUACAUGGGCCACCUGACGAGGAUCGCCAACUGCAUCGUGCACAGCACGGACAAGGGGCCAAACAGCGCGCAGGUCCAGCAGCUCCUCAAAGAGCUCCCAGAAGAGGUCAGAGAGCGGUGGGAAACAUUCUGCACAAGCUCUUUAGGAGAAACUAAUAAAAGGAAUACAGUAGACCUGGUCACUACCUGCCACAUCCACUCGUCCAGCGACGAUGAAAUCGACUUUAAAGAAACCGGCUUCUCUCAGGACUCCUCCCUGCAGCAGAUGCAACAAAUGACGUCCAAUUUUAUUGACCAGUUUGGCUUCAACGAUGAGAAGUUUGCUGAUCAAGAUGACAUCGGCAAUGUUUCUUUUGAUCGAGUGUCAGAUAUCAACUUCACCCUCAAUACAAAUGAGAGUGGUAAUAUAGCCUUGUUUGAGGCAUGCUGUAAGGAGCGGAUACAGCAAUUUGAUGAUGGUGGCUCUGAUGAAGAGGAUAUCUGGGAAGAAAAACACAUUACAUUUGCACCAGAAUCCCAGCGGCGUUCCAGCUCGGGCAGUACGGACAGUGAGGAAAGUACAGACUCUGAAGAAGAGGAUGGAACGAAACAAGACUUGUUUGAAUCGCAUACCAAUACAGAGGACAAAAUGGAAGUAGACUUAAACGAACCACCGAACUGGUCAGCGAACUUCGAUGUGCCCAUGGAGACCGCCCACGGUGCCAACCUGGAUUCUGUCGGGUCUGAUGUGUGGAGCACGGAGGAGCCCAUGCCAGCCAAGGAAACUGGCUGGGCUUCCUUCUCGGAGUUCACGUCCUCGCUGAGUCCAAAAGAUUCCUUAAGAAGCAAUUCUCCCGUGGAAAUGGAAACUAAUACAGAGCCUAUGGAUCCCUUGAGUGCAAAUGUAACAGCUCUUGCGACGCAGCUGGAGACCCCAGGCAGUGUUGCUAUGGAGGCCAGCUCCGAUGGGGAGGACGAUGCAGAAAACGCAGACAAGGUAACUGAAACRGUGAUGAACGGCAGCAUGAAGGAGACACUGAGCCUUACUGUAGACGCUAAAACCGAAACAGCGGUCUUCAAAAGAGUGUUGAAAUCUUAUCGUGAGGAAGGAAAACUGUCUACCUCGCAGGAUAGUUCUUGUAAAUACGUGGUGGAGGAGAACUCAGAGGCCACGGAAGAGACUCCUACUCUACAACCUCCUAGCAGCAGUCCAGAGCAGAGGACUGGCCAGCGCAGCCUUUUAGGAGAGACUUCUGUUAACGGCCCCGUAUGAUAGGUGAUGCCUCCCACUGCCGGCUGAGGAAAAGGAACUGCUCCGAGGGCCGAGUGUUCCUUGAGGAUUUCAUCUAGAGCCUGUUGAAGCCAGUCACUGCUGCACUAAUUUUGCAAGGGAUCAGGACCAGCAACAUUUAUAUUCUAGAUUUUAAGACAUUGUACAGAAAUUCAUAAGUGUAAAAAAGAAAAAAAAUAUUGCACAUUGAGAAAUACCAAUAAUUUUUGCGUAUGUUUAUAUUGUAUUGUUCUAAAGAAAGGGUGGCCUGUGAAAUAAGAUCUUGCCACCCAUGUAAUGACAGUAGUGUUACUAUAGUUAAAAUGGCUGUAAGAAUAGUUUUAUAAAAAAGUGAAUACACAAAUCUAAUGUAUUUGAGACAUAACUAUUUGACAAUUAGUGUGACCAAAGUAUUUAGCAGUUUUCAUACAUUUUUCACCUUGUAAAAAGAAAAUGAAGAGGAGAAAAAAAAAUUCAUGUUUCUUCCAGGUUGGCGAAGAAUUGUAGAACUGAAAUGCCCUAUAAAUGUUAUUUUGGUUGUUUUAGCUUACAAAAGUGAUUUAAAUAAGACUUUUUGGUGUUCAACAUUUUACAGCAGGUUUUUUAAUUGGUAAUUGUUUUCYGUAUUGUUUAAAACAGAUCAAAAAUGUAAGUCUAUUGGUAGAGAUUUUAAGUAUUUAUUGCUACAACUUAGUUGACAAAUUGAUGUUACUGUAAAGCCAUAUGUUCUGUUAAGUCUUGUUUGCUUGAAACAAUACCUUCCAGGUGAAACACUAGAAUAUUUGAAGUGCACAUGGCUUGUUGUGUUUUUUAAGUGAUUCACCUGCCUUUUAACCCAUUCACCAAGAUUUACUUUACUGCCGAGCAUUAUACGAUGGAACAUUUCAGAACAAUCUGCGUAUUUAAGACGCUGUGAUCCUCUUAGACGAGUCGAGUAAAUGAAAUGCCCGUGCUGCUAAUGUAAUUACAGUACCUGCAUUUUAAAAGUAUAUAGUGUUUUUUUAAUACCAAUUUUGGCAGCAGAGCAUGUUAAUUGUUACUUUCACUGUACUGAUCUGUGUGAGGCUUUCAUUUGUAUGUUCUGAACCAGUUUUUUUUCACAGCUGGUUUGUGUAUAUAUAUAUAGUGAUUAUGGAAACUAAUUCUGUGUAAUUUAUAAUUUUCUAUGUCAGUGUAAAAUUCCAACAGCCUUCUCAAACAAACCGAAGCAAUAUACUGUAUAUUGCCACAUUGUCUGGUGAAAGGGUUAAAGUACUUCACCUCCUGCACUUUUAGAUGCAAAUCCGUUUUUAUUUCUGUAAUAGUUAUAUUCAUUUAUUUUUACAUCAUUUGUUUUCCUGACCAGUAUUUAAAGCCAAAAGGAUACUCUAAACAAUGGCCAAUGAUUUAUUUUAGAAAGUGUCCCAAGCAACGUGCCUAAACAUUACAUUGCGUACAGAAAUAAAAAAAAAAAACAAAUGUAUGAUGGCAUUGCCCUUAUUUCUUCCUGUCUUGCAUUUCCUUGGGCAAGCUUUGUUGGCAGAUGUCACUGUAACCUGUUGUAAACUGGGUCCUCUGAAAGAAAACAAGAGGCAACUAUAGCUACCCUUUUAUUUGUGCGCAAAUAAUGGAAUCCAAGUUUGCAAAUUGUUCCUUCUUGAAUUCAGAGUUACUUCCAGGUGAGUUCUGCCAAAAAUACUAUUGGUGCUGAGUGUUUUGCCGCACCCCUAAAGGUAGCGAGAUUGGCAGCGCUCUGCCUGCAGUUCUGUGGGCUGCGCUUGCACGAGGUGUUUUGCAUUCCCUCCUUCCCGCAGCGUGCUGAGAUCCAGGCAGGGAUGCAGCCGCCCGGCCCAGCUACAGGCACUGGGUCCUUUCAGGCUCGUGGCRCCUUCCUGUCUGUGGGCUGCAGCACUGGCCCCAUAACAGCUUGUGCUGCCGCUCCAGAAGGGGGACUGUGGGGUCCCCCUGCUCUCCAUGCCUGACCUGUAAGGUGGGUAAAUGCCAAGGGGAAUUUCYUACCCCAGCAGCUUCUCUUCACCUUAAGUAGUACCAGUGGGAGGUUGGCAGCUAUGCAGGUUGAGGAGAACAGUGCUGACCCACCUAAGGGUGACUGCAGGGAUCCAGAGGGUGUAGCAACGUGUGCGGGAUGCCAGGUAAGACUGGAAUAACCUGGGUUUGAGGGGACUUUGUCCAGGGAGGUUCUGUGAUAGGAUCUGUGCACAACCUACCAGGACUUUGUGGGGUUUGAAUUGCUCGUAUUGGGAAUGCUGAACUACAAGGGAAAGCUUUGGUGAGGCAAGGGRACACCUUUACAUGCACACGUAGAGCAUCUUACAGCACUUUCUACUGUUCACAUCGUCUUGGGAGGUUUGGAGGUACCUGGAGAUUUCUGAGUACCUGUGUUAACGGGCCUGCUUAAUCACAUCCAGCGUACUCAUAGUAGAACUUGUCUUAUUUAAUAGAAAUCAUUUUAAUGCAGUUAUAUGAUGGGGUAAACUCUUGAAGCUUUGUGCACAAAGUUCCUGUAGCAUAUUUAACUGCAGGAAGAAUUAAGUAAGCUUACCUUGCUGCUGGUGCAAUCCAUGUUUUGGAGCAUUGCUUUCUCAAAGGCCAGAGAGUCGCCUUGCUGACUGAGGCUGUGAAUGUCAGCAAUGGUUUAAGAGCAGUUAUGUAGAAUGUGAAUUGAGCCCAGCUGCUAUCUUUCAUUAUAAAGUUAUUUUCCUGUUGAAAUUAGUUUUAAUUUCCUUGGAGAUGACUGUUUUCAGACAUGUGUCUUACACAGUUGCAGCAGGAAGCGUUGUACGCAGCUCCAGGCUCUGCUCACACACUGAAGCAGAUCACUGCUGACCUGCUCAAAAUAGUAACUCUUGCUAUGUUGCAGCAGUGCUUCAAGCACAGAAGUGUCUGCAUGUUUUCCUAUGCCUGAAAGCUGGAGUAAAAAUUAUUGCAGUAGCAAAACCUUUUGUGAAAUGUUUAACUCUUUCUUUUCUUUAGCAGAUGCAUCUUGUGCUCUCUCUGAGGCUCAGCCUGUCCCCUUGCUCAGGUGAUGUUUUUCUGGCUGCCUGGUGACCCCAGUCAGUCAGGUGUCAGGCACUGGCUGCUCUGCACCGGUGCUGUUGGCUCUCCAGGGCCCAGGAGGAUGCUCUGUUUUGGUCAGAUCUGUUACUUUUGGCCGCCAGUGGGUGCUGCUCUCCCUGCCUUUCCAGACCUGGACUGGAUGCAGCCAGAGCUCUGUUCUCACAGAAGCAGCACCACAUCCUUAAUGCCGGUCUCCGCUCGGGGCAUGCUUAGAGCURUGUUGCUGUCCUCCCCAUUGUGAGAUUGUGGGAGGACUACUUAAGUGUGAGGAGGCAAGGACAAUUUUUAAGCAAUAUAUGGCCUUGAUUUGUUCUACAGACCUAUAACAAUGCUUAGGAACUCCAUAAGAAGCAACCUCUUGUUUUUAACCUAUAGCUUUUCUUGGUGAAGAGAAUAAAGGUGCUGCUGUUGAGUCUAAGGUGCCGUGUGUUUACUGGCUCUUGAGCUGUGGGAGAUGUGUUCAGUGCCCAGCCACGCAGGGAACUGAUAAAACUCUCCAUGACCUGAACCACGUCUGCAGCACAUCAGGUUUCACUCCAACUGCCUGGACUCUGAUUCCUUCCACAGGAGGUGACGACAGGCACCACUGGGUCAUAGUGUUAAGAGUAAUGCCUUCCAUACACAGUUGCUGAGGAUUUGAAUGAUUCUCAAGU